GGAGAGGAAAAAAAAGUUGCAUGCAUUAAUGGAGGAGAAAAAAUCAGAAAGAAAGAUGAUUUAAUUAUUGAUAAUUAAGGAGAUAUUUUAGGAUAUAAAAUUUUGAAUGAAUUAAUGGUGGAGUAAAAAUACGAGAUAUUAUGAGUAAAGUUAAAAAAUGAAAUUUUAUGUAAAUUUGAAUAUUAGGUAGAGUAUUACUAUGAAAUUUGUGUAAUCAUCGGUUCAUCCCAUUUAUUUCCUUACGAGGCCCAUCAGUUUCCUAGUCCAUGACACAAAGGCGUUUCGACCGUCCCCUUUCCCGCGCAUCCUUCGCAAUCGGCACGGAGUUGGCGAAUGCGACAAUGCUCAACAAUUCUCCUACAAUGGAGGAUCUCGACGGAGGAAUGGCGAGUGAAGUAGAAAGAGAAGAGGAAGAAUCCGUAACUCACUUACUCCGAGAUCGAUUCCGAUUAUGCACAAUCUCCAUUGCCGAAGCCGAGGCUAAACAAUGCGGUAUGGAGGUUUCUCAACCGAUCAUCACCUGUAUAUCUGAUUUAGCCUUCAAGUUUGCAGAACAGCUAUCGAAGGACCUAGAAUUAUUUGCACAGCAUGCUGGUCGUAAGUCUGUAAACAUGGAGGAUGUUAUUCUUUCUGCACAUCGGAAUGAUCACCUGACUACUUUAUUGAGAUCCUUCUGCAAUGACCUCAAAGCAAGAGAGCCCAAUUUGGAGAGGAAGAGGAAGAAGAAUUCCAGAAAGGAAGGUAGAGUUGCUCAAGGUUUACUUCGUACUCCGGACACUUAGAUUAGAGGUGUGCCCAGUUUCACCAUGUGUCUAGUAGCAUAAUAGCUUGGUGGGAGCAGCAUCUGUCCAGCAGCCACCACUUAUUACUGAAAAACUACCUCAAAGUAGUCAAGUGGAAGGAUAGUAAAAACUUUUGGAUUUGAACUUCUAUGUUUCAUUAAUCAGGGGCAAGCUUACAAAUUGGAGCAUGGAAUAGUAUUGGUCCAAUAGUGAUAUCAUGCUAGGCACAUAAUGUAGCUGCUGAGAAGCUUCCUCUGUACAUGAAUGUAGAACUUGCACAAAUAUAGAGUAUUGUCUGUAAAAGUAAUCAUUUGAUAAAAGGAUUAUUAUACUUUUUUUUAA